CAUUUAUCGACUUAGUACGAUGGCGUCUCAUAUUAAUGAGUCUCACUUAUGAAGGAUUCUGUGAAGGAAAAAGGAUUUCAAAUGCAGUGAAUAAAUCAAUAAUCAAAACCAUUAAGGUUGAAACUAAUGAGAUCAUCGAUUGUUAUGAUAUUUAUAGACAACCAAGUCUUAAUCAUCCUUUGCUUUGUAAUCACAAAAUACAAAUGGAACGAAGUUCGUACCCGAAAGGUAUGAAAUCAGAUAAUUUCGGAACAUUUCAACUUACACAAACUUGGCAUAAGUAUGGAUUAUAUCAAGAAGGAACUAUCCCUAUUCGAAGGAAAGGAAAAAACUACGAUCCCAAACUUUUGCAUAAACAUAGACCUUUAAGAUUAUCACCUUAUAAGACUAAUAUUACAUCACCAGACGAUGUUAAUGAAUUCCAUGGACAUGAGUACGCAACCAUUGCGUUGGAAGGAAAUUUUCUAGGAGCACAAGCAAAAAUCAAUCUUUGGCAGCCGGUUACUGAAUAUCAACACUGUUGA